AAGCCAAAUGAAGUCAAAUCGAAGUUUUAGCAUUAGCCCGCAGCUGCAGCUGAUUUUCCUCCUAUCUCCUUGAUGUGGGCAUGUAUGGGUGUGUUUUGUUCGCAGAGGUUCAGUGACACUUGUGAUUUUCUGUAGACGCGCGCACCGGGACUUUUCGCACGUUCGUCUGACACUCGCAGAGUUAUGCAGAGCGUCAUUAACACCGUGAAAGGCACAGCCCUCGGCUUCGCCGACAAGCUUACGCCGAUUCUCAAGGAAUCCAAGUUUAAGGAAACUGGGGUCAUCACACCGGAAGAAUUUGUGCUUGCUGGAGACCAUCUUGUGCACCACUGCCCAACUUGGCAAUGGUCAGCUGGUGAAGGCCUGCCAGCCAAGUCCUAUUUGCCACCUGACAAGCAGUUCCUUGUCACCCGGAAUGUGCCAUGCUACAAGCGCUGCAAGCACAUGGAGUACAGCAUGGAGCACGAGAAGGUACUUGAGGAAGAAGGUGAUGAGGAUGGUGGAUGGGUUGACACCCACCACUAUGCAGAUGCAGCAUCAUCGGGUCUAGCUGAGCAGGUUCAGGAGAUGACUCUCGAGCCUAGUAAAUCUGGGGCAACACCGGCUGCGACGCAGAGGCUAGGCUGUGGGGAUGACGACGAUGACGAUGGCGACGACGAUGAAGAGGCUGCUGACAUGGACGCCUUCGUGGAGAGUGGACUGCUGGAUGCGGACGACACGGCAACGGUUGUGAAGAAAGUCGAGGCCACGGACAAGAGUCUUGCUGCCGGAGGUGAGGGCGAACCUGGUGAGGGCACCAUCGUAAGCACCCGCACCUAUGACCUCAACAUCACCUAUGACAACUACUACCGCACUCCACGGCUCUGGCUAUAUGGCUAUGACGAGAACCGACAGCCGCUGAGCAUGGAGGCCAUGUAUGAGGACAUCAGCCAGGACCACGCCAAAAAGACGGUCACCAUGGAAGCCCACCCUCAUUUGCCGGGACCUCCGAUGGCCUCUGUUCACCCUUGCAGGCAUGCCGAGGUGAUGAAGAAGAUCAUCCAGACUGUGACCGAAGGCGGCGGUGAACUGGGCGUCCACAUGUACCUCAUCGUGUUCCUGAAGUUCGUGCAAGCUGUCAUCCCUACCAUAGAGUACGACUACACCCAGAACUUUGCCAUGUGAAAUUCAAGCAGUUGAUGGCGCCGAGCUCAUUUUAAAUUUCUCUGAGGAGACUCGGGGGCACAGACGACGCUCACUUUCUCUUUUUUUAUUAUUUUUUUAAGCCGUAUUACCACUGUUGCAGCAUAGGAGGGUGCAGCACUUCUGGUAACAUGCACUAGCAGUACCGUUGCGAGUCAAGAACUGUUGUUGGGGGCACGUUGUGUUUUGUCUGUACCUUGGUUGUAUUCUCUGUCACUCCAGUUUGUGGCUCUCUAUAAAUGCAUGUGUGUUGGGCUUGUGCCAAUUUGUGUGGAGGAUCGUGGAGCAUCACAGUGCACAGUUUUCUUAUCUGGCAAAUACCUACUUGAUCAGUUGUCUGUCCCCCAAAGUUCCUACACUGCUUUUGAAAGUGUUUUAAGGUAUUGUGUAAGGCGUUCGAGAGGUUGUUAUUGCAGAGUGUAACAAUGGCACAUACAUUGCUGCAGCUUAUGAAACCUAAUAUACAGAUGUUACAGCUUCACUUCAUUGCUCACUUGCCAGGAAGAUAACAGAUUAGAACAAACAUGUAGAAAAACACGAUAAAUGCCGUUUAUCUCUGCAAGCAAUCUUGUUGGAGGAUGUUUUGAUAUCUUCUUGCUGUAAAGAGCCCUCGUCUUUGUGCCUGCUGUAAAGGCACAAGUCUUGCCUGCAAACUCCAUUCACUGGCGAUUUUAGGAUUUUCACUGUGAUUUUUCUGAAAUAAAAACAAUGAUGCAAAUGAA